AUGGCGACAAUGGAAGACGGGAAGACGCCUACUCCAUACCAGAGUAGCAAGGAUUCUUCGGCAUAUUUGAUGUCCAUUGUGAGGACCUUGUCUUCAAGUGCUGAUUUUGAACAGAGAGAGAAAGAGAAGACAAGAAUUGAAAAAGCUUAUAGAGAGAGUGACAAACAACUUGGGGAACUUGUAGCAGAAAAUUAUCAGGAUGUUGCCAAAAUUCUGCAGGCUUUUAAUGGCAUGACCAAGAGUAUUAAUGAAUCUCGUGACAAAAUCCAUAAGAUCAAGGAGGAUCUAAACUCAUGUAAAAUGCUAUUGCAUUUUAAGAGGGAUGAGCUGCGCAAAUUAUGGAAGGAUGGAGUGGAACAUAAAGCUGUACUUUCAAUGUUGGAACAAGUGGAGCAGAUCAAAGAAGUUCAGGACAAGAUGAAUACGUACAUUGCCAACAAGCACUAUCUGCAUGCUACGGACACCAUUGUUCAAGCUGUGGCAGUGCUGGAGGGACCUCUGAAUGGAAUUGAUGCAUUGAGAGAGGUCAAGUCUGAUCUCAUCAGUUUUAAAGAGAAAAUGCAUGAGACGCUGAUAGAGGAACUCACAAAGCAAAUCUAUGAAAGGUCACUGCCCACAUCAAGCCUUCAGAGAGGCAGUCAGAUGAGGCUGAGCCGUAAGGAUGCCAGUGUUUGGGGGUGGUCAGAUGGCAUGGACUCCCCAAGAAAAUUUCCAAAAGUAGAGGGGAGUGAGACAUCUGUAAACAAGGCCUUUGAAGUGAAAGAAGAUUUGAAUAGCAAUCCUGAGGAUAACUUGAACAACUUCAUCGCAAUAUUGACAGAAUCACUUUUUGUUCUCAGGAAACUGCCGGAUGCUGUAGAGCGUCUAAAAAUUGGCAUGAAAGGUAGUUUGAACAAGCUAAUCAAUGCUGCAACACAACAAAUAGCAGAAAGCUCUGGUCAGCAGCUAGACUCCAUGGUUAAUCAUGUACAGCCCAAAUAUCUCAACGAACUAUUGAAACUAAUAUUCCAACAAACUCGCUGUGUUGCUCAAACACACCAGAUAUUCCUUAACAAUGUGUUUCGACUGACGAGCUCUGGUAUGCCAUUGCAUGGGAAUCACCUCUAUGAUAUGAAAGAUGUCUGGUCAGAGAUACAGGCCAGGCUCCAGAUAUUGUUAAGUCAGUACCUGGAUGUCCGCAAUACCAUGUCCUCCAGACAACAGAUUCCUUCAGGUUUUGAUGAACCUAGCAUGGACAUCAGCCAGUACUUCAGCAAAAAGAAGCCAGCAAAACCCAAAAAGGUAUCACUGUUCAGAUUUGAAGCAUCCCAGCAUGCCAUUAGUGUGAGCAGUGCCAGGCAGCAAAUUCAGCAAUAUGAGCUUGAUGCUUUGGGUCAUUCAGAUAACUGGCACAUUGUCAAAGUCUGUAAGCCUGCUGCUUUUAACAUCACAGCCAUUUACAAACCAUUGAAGUCCUUUAUUCAAGAAGUGGAAGAGAUAAUGCAAACAACAUCAGGGCUUCAGGAGUUUAUAACUGACUUUGUUCAGAAUGCAUUUCUUGGCCAAGUACAUGCGCGAGUGUCAGAGAACAUUGACACUGCUACAAGAGUGGAAGAGGAGGAAGAGGGCCACAAGUGUUUUGAUGCCUUACGAAAUGUUAUUGAUGAGAAAACCCGGCGAGAGCUUGGUGUUCCCAGACCAUUACUGCAGAGCACAGUGACUGUAGACAGCAGCAUCCAGGAGUUGCAGGAGUUAAUGCACGACCUACCAGACUAUGCUGACCAGUUCCUCAAUAUGAUUUGCAACGUUCUUAGGGACUAUAGGGACAAAUGUCAUUCUGCCUACAGAG